CAGCUCUGGGGAGGCGGCUGCACACCGACACCCGCAGGAAGGCUGCUGCUCAAACUCGUCUGGGAAUCAGCAUCGCGCAGGCCCUCCGUCCGUCCCGGUGAUCCGCUCCCGCUUCCAGAAUGGCCACCUACAAGAUCCAAGUAGCCACCGGCAACAUCAUGUUGGCCGGCACCUACAGCACCGUCUCCAUCACUCUGAUCGGGACCCGGGGGAAGAGCCACAAGCAGCAGCUGAACAACCGAGGCCGGGACUUCGUUCCUGGGGCUGUGGAUGACUAUGAGAUGCUCUGUGCGAAGGACCUGGGACAGCUCCUGCAGGUCGAACUCCACAAAGAGGCCUACCUGUUCUUCCCCAAGGACAGCUGGCUCUGUGACUACGUCAAGGUGACAACCCAGCAAGGGACGACCUACCAGUUCCCCUCCUACCAGUGGCUGGAGGGCUAUGGCACCCUGAAGCUGCGGGAGGGAGCAGCCAAAACGGUUGCUGAUGAUUCCAGCAACUCCCUCCUUUUGGAACAUCGUAAGGAAGAGCUGAAAAGUCGCCAAGAAUGCUACCGCUGGAAGGAAUAUGCCCCAGGCUGGCCGAGAUGUGUCGAUGCAGAAAGUACGGACGAUUUGGAUUCCAGUUCUAAGUUCCCCCUCACCAAGACGACAGUUUUCGGCCUGCGCGCUGCCAAGUCAGAACUUGAGCUGAGACUGAAAGGCUUUUCCGCCCAGGAGGGCUCUUGGGAAACUUUUGAUGACAUCGGGAAGGUCUUCUGGUUCAAAAAAACGCCCGUCACAGAGUAUGUCGCAGAUCACUGGAAGGACGAUGAUUUCUUCGGCUAUCAGUACCUGAACGGGGUCAACCCCGUGGUGAUCGAGAAAUGCACCGAGAUCCCAGCUAACUUCCCAGUCACCGAAAAGAUGGUGGCUGAGCUUCUGGGGAAUUCCACCACCCUUCAGGAAGAGCUGAAGAAAGGGAACAUCUUCAUCACAGACUACAAGAUCCUGGAGGACAUCCCGACGUGCCUUCUCAAUGAUAAACCGCAAUUCCUGGCUGCUCCCCUCUGCAUGCUGCAUCUCAACCCCGAAGGGAAGAUGAAACCGCUGGCUAUCCAGCUCAGUCAGACCCCCGGUCCGGAAGCUCCCAUUUUCCUGCCCAGCGACUCCGAAUGGGACUGGACGCUCGCUAAGAUCUGGGUCAGGAUGGCCAACUUUCACGUCCACGAGGUGAACACCCACCUUCUGGAAGCACACUUCCACUGCGAGGUCUACACCAUGGCCACCCUCCGCCAACUGCCCAUGUGCCACCCGGUCUACAAGCUUCUGCUACCUCACACCCGGUAUACUCUCCACAUCAACACUUUAGCCCGCACUAGUCUUAUACAGCCAGGAGGGGUAUUCGAUAAGGCGACCGCGACAGGCCGCGACGGCAUGUUGAAACUCCUGGCCAAAGGCGUCCAGGCCUCCACUUAUACGGCCCUUUGCCUCCCGGAUGACCUCAAAAAAAGAGGCGUGGACUCUUUGCCCAAUUAUUACUUCCGGGAUGACGGAAUGAAGAUCUGGAACGCCAUACAGAAGCUGGUCUCAGGCAUCGUCGGUCUCUACUACAAAUCUGACGAAGCCGUCAAGGAGGACCCCGAAUUGCAAGCCUGGGUGCGCGAAAUUUUCACAGAAGCGUUCCUGGGCCUGAAGUCGUCUGGUGUUCCUUCUACACUGGAAACCAAGGAUCAGCUUAUCAAAUUCCUCACCAUGAUCAUCUUCUGUUGCUCUGCAAGACAUGCUGCAGUCAACAGUGGGCAGUUUGAUUUCGCCGCCUGGAUGCCCAACACACCCGCCACCUUGAGGCAGCCUCCCCCCAAAAGCAAGGGGCUGGCCACCUUGAAGAGCGUCUUAGACACCUUGCCGGAAGUGAACUCCACCUGCGCGCUUCUCUCGCUGCUUUCAGUCGUGAGCUACGAGCCAGGAGACCUGAGGCCUCUGGGCUUUUACCCGGACGAGCACUUCACGGAACAGGAGCCUCGAAAGCUGAUUGCCGAAUUCCAGAAGCGCCUGGCUGAGAUUUCCAAGGAAAUCAGUCAGAGGAACAAGGAACUUCCCAUCGGCUACCUCUACCUGAACCCUUCUGAAGUACAGAACAGCGUCUCCAUAUAAGAGGGCCCCUCACAAGCGGCACAGAUCCUGGAGCGGACUGCGGAUUUUGCGUUUAAAAUGCUCCAAAGUCACCAACUUCCACAUGGGACCGAAUUACAAAUCAUCUCCAGACAACAGAGAUCAGUUUCCACUGGAGAAAAUGGUGGCUUUGGAGGGCGGAGUCUGUGGUAUUAUAAUCCACUGAGUUCCCCGUCUUUAACCCCGCCUUCCCCAGACUCCACCCCCCCCCCCAAUCUCCAUGGCAACUCUAGGAAUGCCCAGUCUAGCAGAAUGCUCUCUGUGAUCAGGACACCCGGAUUUGGAUAUAUUACGCAAAUAGAGCACCUCUAACUCUACGCUACUUCAUUAUGAUUACUAUUAUUCAGAUUUAUUUUAGGGCAGAUUUUCUUUGUAGGGAUUUUGCUGGCAGUAUUCAGUCACUUCCAGAUCACACUGCGACGCAUCCUCCAUGGGAAACUCUAGAUUUGUAGGAUUAGACUAAUUUGGCUGGGUUUCGGGGUAUUGCGACUGCGGAGAAACAUCCUCUGUAUUUUGUGUAAUGUUUACUAGAUGCACGUAUCAUGUGCAACUGACAGUUCUCCCUGGCUCAGGGUCACCCAGCAAGCCAGCAUGAUGUAGUGGUUAAGAGCAGGUGCACGCUAAUCUGGAGAACCGGGUUUGAUUCCCCGCUCUGCCACUUGAGCUG